UUGUUCUGUGCUUUGAAGUUCACACAGUCAACGUCUCAGUCCAUUGGCAGGUAGUCAGUUCAGCCACUUCCUCUGAUCACGGAAAAAUAAAAGUGAAGCAACCAGACAAAAACAGAAGACUGUUUCUGCAGAACAGACAGACAGAGAGACGAGGAGGGAGAGUCAUGGACCCACAGACAACUGGUGUGUUUGUGCUGAUUGUGCUCCUGGUGCCCGUUACCGCUGAUGAUAUUUUUUUCACCGAUCCGGUCAUCUGCUACUGCCUGGACACGAUACUGGUUAUUUACUGCAUUGGUGCCACGGCACUAUACUUCAAAGAAAAGUUUUCCAAAAUCCCAUCUGUGGCUGCUGGAGAGCCUGACGAUAAUGGCUGCAUUUACCAGGAGCUUCAGAGACCAGCCGAUACUGAUCCUUACGAGAUGCUUAAUAUAUCAAAAACAAAAAAAAAAGCUGGCAAGAAAAAGAAAUCUGCGCCGGCCCCAGCUGAGGUGAGGGAUCAGGAUCCCUUUGAGUCCCUGAUCCCCAGUGGCUCCGCUCCUCCUCCUCCUCUGUCUCCCCGCUGAAGUCCAGCAUGGUCCAGAGACAGCAUUGCUAAUUUGAUCUGGAACAUUUAGCUGAAAAAGUGAUCCAAAAAGGCCAAGUAUUUUGAUGACCAAUUGAUUGGUUAAUAUAUCAAGCAAUAAUGAGAAACAUUCUCUGGAUCAAGCUUCUCAAAAAUGUUGAUUUUCUGCUUUCCUUUGUUGUGAUAAGUUUAUUUAAAAAAAUCAUAUUUUUGUAAUGAGCCUUUUCUUUUGCUAUUUUUAUGACAUUUUAUGAAUCAAGUAACAAAAUGACAAAUUUCUAUAAGCUGUUUCUGCCAGACUAUAAACUCUUACUUUUGCAUUUUCAUAUAUAAAAGCCACACUCGUGACUAUGAGGCUGCAAUUGAGCACAGCUGUUGCUGACUAGUAAAGCUAACAAUGCAUGCAGAUGUGUAGCAGGCACUUUGUCAUACCUGUUAUUUUGACGUGUUAGCACGUUGACAUUUACUUAUUAGUGCUAAACACAAAGUACAGCAGAAUCUGAUGAGUGUCGUGAUUUUUCAGUUAUAAAUUUGGAUCUCACAGUUGCAGUAUUAGGAGCCUCUAGAAAGGCUAAAAAUUGUGGCUUCUGGAUGCUGUAAAUUAUCACAACUGUAUUCUUCAUUUGUGUAACUGAAUGCCAAUAAAAGUCAAAGCAC